CCCUCAUCCAGAAACCAAUCUGUAUAGUCUAUUCCGAUUCUUUGCAUCAUCCCCCCUUCUUUUGCCACCUAUAUAUCGAUAAAACCCUCGUCAUCUCGCUUCUCUGCCACCACCGCCCUUGUCUGUCUGCAGUAUCCCUCCGCAAAACCCAGCAAAUAAAGAACCGAUGAAACGCUAGGGUUUGUGAGGUGUUUCGCCGCUAGGGAUUGUGAGGGUUCUGAUCCUGUUGUUGUUGAGCGGGAGGGGUAGCCAUGGACGACCUCGAGAAGGCGAUCCUCCUCGUGUACGAACCCGGCGCCGCCGACCUGGCUCUCCGCGCCCAGGCCAUGGCCUUCUGCGACCGUGCUAAGGCCGACCCCUCUGCCCUCCUCCGCCUCUGCCUCGAUCGGCUCAACCGCUCCCCCCUCGUGCCCGUCCACUUCUGGUGCCUCCAGGCCCUCCACGACGCCAUCCUUCUCUGCUACCCCUCCAUCCCCCCCGCCGACCUCCCCCUCCUCCGCUCCGCCCUCCUCUCCCUCGCGUCCGACCGUCCCCUCCCCCCCGCGUACCCUCAUUUCCUCAGGAACAAGCUCGCCCAGGCCCUCGCCGCCCUCAUCCGCCUCGAGUACCCCUCCGUGUGGCCCGACCCCUUCCUCCGCACCCUCCCCUGCGUCACCUCCGCCGACCCCGCCUCCGUCGACAUGUUCGCCCGUCUCCUCGUCGCCCUCGACGAUGACCUCCUCAGCCACGACUAUCCCCGGUCCCCUGAGGAGUCCGCCGAUGCUACCCGUGUCAAAGACGCCAUGCGCCUGCAGUGCGUCCCCCAGAUCGCCCGUCAUUGGUUCGAUGCGGCGUCAUUCUACCGGUCCUCCAACCCUUCCCUCGCCACCGCAGCCCUUGACACCAUGCGGCGCUAUGUCACUUGGAUCGACAUCGCUCUCAUCGCCAACGAAGCAUUCGUCCCCCUUCUUUUCGAUCUUAUUCUGGCUCCCAGCUCGACCGAGCAACUGAGAGCUGCUGCUGGUGGCUGUGUUCUUGCCAUCGCCCAGAAGAGGAUGGAUCCUCGCCAGAAGGUUGCACUUCUCCGCACUCUACCAAUAAACCGGGUGUUUAGCGACCCGGAAUUGGUUCUAAAGGUUCCAGAUCUGGUCACCGGGUAUGCUGCUGAGGCCCUAGAAUGCUAUAAGAAGCUGGGUUCGGCAGAGAUAGAUGGUUCCUCGCCUCUGGAACUUCUUGAGGAGGUCCUGCCUUCGGUGUUCUAUGUGAUGCAGGAAAGCGAGGAAGUUGAAUUAGGUAAUGUGGUCGAUUUUCUGUCAGAUUAUGUUUCCACCAUGAAGUCACCCUCCCAGAAACAAGCAAUGUAUCUUGGUCGGAUACUACAAGUUAUCAGAGAGCAGAUAUGCUACGAUCCUGCUUACAGGAGCAAUCUUGAUAUCCCAGAUAAAAUAGGUAGAGAGGAGGAGGACCAGAUGGCCGAACACCGGAAGGGGCUGCUUAUGCUAUUCUGUAGUGUUUGCCGGGUUGCACCCGAUGUCACACAACUUUUUAUCCAAACUCUAUUAAUCAGCGCCCUUUCCUCUUCAGAAGCAAGCGUGGAGGAAGUAGAAGCCACUCUUACGUUGUUCUACAGGUUAGGUGAGACUGUAAACGAAGAAGCAGCGAGGACUGGUAGUGGGUCGUUGCAUGAGUUGGUCGAUAUGCUCCUUUCGUCACGAUUCCCUUGCCAUUCUCAUCGAAUGGUGGCACUCAUCUACCUGGAGACUGUCACGAGGUUUAUGAAGUUUGUACAGGAUAAUCCUCAGUAUGUACCUCAUGUGCUGUCUGUCUUCUUGGAUGAGAGAGGCAUACACCAUCCAAAUCUCAACGUGAGCAGACGGGCUAGUUAUCUUUUCAUGAGAGCUGUCAAGUUACUGAAAGCUAAGUUUGUGCCUUACUUGGAUAUGAUUUUGCAAGGACUACAGGAUAUUGUAGCUCAAUUCACUAGCUCAGAUUGGAGUUCUAAGGAUCUCAAGUGCCCUGGUUCUGAAGAUGGCAGUCAAACAUUUGAGGCAAUAGGAUUAUUGAUUGGCAUGGAAGAUGUACCCCUGGAAAAGCAAUCUGAGUACUUGGCAGCAUUUCUCAACCCUCUUUGUGAAAAGCUGAGUGGGCUGCUUUUGGAUGCCAAAGCACAGGGGUUAGAGGAAUCUUCAGCAAAAGUCUUGACCAUCCAGCAAGUUAUCAUGGCUUUACAUGCUUUAAGCAAGGGAUUCAAUGAACGACUUGUUAAAAAUAGCCGUCCAGCCAUUGGAAUUAUGUUUAAGCAGACGUUAGAUGUUGUCUUAGAAAUUCUUAUCUCAUUUCCAAAUAUCAAGAUGUUGCGAAAUAAGAUUACAUCAUUCAUUCAUCGCAUGGUUGAUAUUUUGGGAGCAUCUAUCUUUCCAUGCCUUCCUGUGGCUCUAAAGCAACUGCUUGUGGAAAGUGAGCCAAAAGACAUGGUGGAUUUUCUUGUAUUAGUCAAUCAACUAAUCUACAAAUUCGGUACUUCUAUAGAGGCCAUACUGGUGGAGAUAUUUCCUGCUAUUGCUAGCAGACUAAUUGUUAUACUUCCGAAGGAUGCAUUUCCUUCAGGCCCUGGAUGCAAUACUGAGGAAGUGCGUGAACUUCAAGAACUGCAAAAAACAUUAUAUACCUUUGUCCAUGUGAUGGCAAACCAUGAUCUUUCGUCGGUUUUCAUUGCUCCAAAUUGUAUGGGAUAUUUGGAUGCAAUGAUGCAGUUGCUUUUACUAACUGCUUGCAGUCACAAAGAUAUACUUCUAAGGAAGCUAUGUGUCCAAAUCUUCGUGAAGCUCAUAAGAGACUGGUGCACUAAUUGCAAUGGUGAUGAUAAGGUUCCUGGAUUUCGCAGCUUUGUAAUCGAGAAGUUUGCAACAAAUUGCUGCUUGUACAGUGUUCUUGACAAGACAUUUGAGUUCCGUGAUGCAAAUACUUUAGUCCUCUUUGGAGAAAUUGUGCUAGCUCAAAAGGUUAUGUAUGAGAAGUUGGGUAAUGACUUCAUUAUCCAUUUUGUGUCUCAAGGGCUCCAAGCAGCACAUUGCCCACACGAAAUAGCAGAACAAUACUAUCAAAAGUUGCAGCAGGCCAACGAUGCAAAGGCCCUGAGAUCCUUCUACCAAUUGCUUAUUGAGAACUUAAGACAGCAGCAAAAUGGCAGUCUUGUUUUUAGAUAGAAUUCCAAUACGUUGUGGCAUCUUGACAUUUCCAUAAUUUUCUCCAUUUGGACUUGCUGGUCAAGUGCAGGGAAGUUCUGCCGAUGUAUAUAAUCAUUGAGACAAGUUUGAAGAAGAGAAGAUGUAUAUUGUGGCAACAGCUUCGUCGAAAAAGGAAAGGGAAAAGGGGAGUGCUUGGUUCUAUUAACUUAAAAUUUUGAGAUGAGCAAUAAACCAUGUUUUAAAUUGUAUUUUUCGAAGAUGUAAUCCAAAUGUCUUUUUUUGUUUUUGUUUUUCCGCAUUCGGAUUUAAAGAUAAAAUAAAAUGUAUUAUGCUUAA